AUGACUAAAAUUACUUUGGAACAUACGAAGUAUUUAUUUCUCGCCCGGAUCCCUGCUGACGCCCGUGAAGAUAACGAGUCUCCGAUAUCAGGAGUGGGAUCUCGACGGGCUGAGAAACCGCUAAAUUAUGAAGAAUUAUGGCGACAACUUAUUGAAAAACAGAACCAAAAUAUGAUGGCGCUGAUCUCUACGCUACGACCGCAUGAAUCAAGUCGUCGCUUCACUCUACCGGAAUUCAAACCUGAUAAAGAAGAAAGUGACGCGAGAUCUUGGUGUGCAACAGUGAAUAUUUGUUUCGAAGACAACCCACCACGUGGCGGUCAACUCAUUGUUGUCAUUAGCAAGGCUCUGAAAGGUACCGCAUCAUCAUGGUUGUCACAUAUGUCAUACCCUGGGAUAUCGUGGCCGGAAUUUAAGGACCUAUUCACUGCAAGAUUCAUAUCUACAGACACAUGUGCAGGUACCCUCAUUAACUUAAAUAGUGAAAAAUUAAAAGACAACGAGUCAUUAGCUGCAUGCGCGAGUCGGAUUAUUACCUCAUUGAUGAGCCGUUGGAAAGAUUGCACCAAAGAACAGAUCGCCGUAGCAACCGCCCUAGCGCACAUUUCUCAACACGACUCACGAUUACAACGUCUUGCUUUUACAACGGAAAUUACUUCCCGCCAGCAACUACAAAAAGAAUUGCAGGCUUUCUCGUAUCAAAAGCGAAAAGCUCCUGCAGCAGAGGCGUUGUCAACAACUGAUAGCAAGCGAGCAAAAUUUUACAAGCAGCCUACAUUAAAGUGUUUUGGCUGUGGGAAAUUGGGUCACCGGCAGGCUGAGUGUAGAUCGAAGCCCAAAAACUACAAGCCAAAAUCUCCUGUGAAGACUGACGUGGCUUCCACUUCUCAUCGUGUAGAAAAAUCAACGAGCAUCAGAUGUUUCAAGUGUGGAGUAUUGGGACAUGUGGCAAGCCGCUGUACUGCAGGAACUGGCUCCCGCGGUGGCAACACCAGCGCUAGUACAUCGGCCGAGCGUCGUGUCGACCUGUGCGUAGUAGAACCUCCUACUGGAUACCUUCAACAUCGCGAUUAACACACGAGGACGCGUGUAACACAGGAUGGCCGUGUCGCAUCCGGGUCAAUAGUUCGGAAUAUCAACGAUACACAAACGUCAAAGUGACGUGUACAGAGCCUAGAUUGGAGAGGGUAAACGUUAAUAAAAGAACGUGCACUCUGUAUUAGAGGAUUCAUUACGGUACUAUCGGUUGAAUAAGCAACACUAGCCUAGGAACUGUACUGUGUAUAUUGAAAAGUAUUUAGAGUCAAGUUGUGUUGUGAUUUACCUACACUGUGUAAUAAAAAUUACUUUGGAACAUACGAAGUAUUUAUUUCUCGCCCGGAUCCCUGCUGACGCCCCACAAUGAGCGACCGUGAAAAUAACGAGUCUCCGAU